ACGACUUCAUCUGUUUCAGCCUUUACAUCUUUUCUAAAUUUGUCAAAAUUAAAUAUGGCACAAAGCUGUCACUAUCAACUAUUAAAAAUUAACCUUACCUCGAACUGAAAAAUUAAAUAAACACCUGAAACGAGGGAGAGAUGAACCACUUGGCGGGUUAUUCGAUGAACUCCGACCAGCGGUGGCCUUCCAUUGCUUCCGCUGAAGAAUCCUCGCCGAAGGACUUGCGUGAACCUCUGGAGGAGGCCUAUGGAGAACAAUUCUUUGGUACAUGCCGAAAAUUUGCAUCCGAGGAUGUUAAGAACAAUACCAAGGACAAGGAUGCAACAUCUAAGGAGACAUUGAUCCAGAUUCCCGUUAAAGGAAAUACGGCUCAGGAUAAAGAUCAAGAGACUAGAAACACAUUUUGGAUAUCAGUGAGCGGCUAUGAGUAUGCCAGGGCCUAUAUAGUUUACAGGUUCUUCUGCGACAUCGGCCACAUUGUGGGCAAAUGCUUCACCGAGACCAACUUGAUGUAUCUGAAAUACUUUAGCCUGCUAGACUGCCAAAUAGCCUUGAGCUAUAAUGGCCAAAAAAUAGGCUACGGCGGCGACAUCACUGUGAAGGUAAAGCCUGAAAAUCCCGUGACUGAAAGCGCCAUUAUCGAGGCUCUGGAAGAAUGCUCACAUGACAAUGUCAACAUACAACGAACAACAAGCACAAGUACAACUGUUACAAUGGAUGUAGAGGAGAAUAGGGAUCAGAGUGUUGUCAAAUCAAAUGCACAUCAAGUGGAAAUUGGACAAGCAAAUCAUUUUGAGAUUAUACGAAAAAGAGUCGGCAUUAUGCAGUGGUUCAGGGAGAAGCUGUCCUAUAUGUUCUAUUUUUAUUAGAUUUGCCCUUAUUGGUCUUCAUUUUUG